AUGGCCGACGAAAGUUUGCACACAAUGCCGUUGGAGCACAAUAUAGACUAUCAUAUAGUCACAUUGUUUGAGCGCUUGGAGGCGAUGCGCAAAGAUUCACAUGGGAAUGCCAUUAACAAUCGUCUAUCCAGCACCCUGCAGGUGCCCAAGCGCAGCAUGCAGGCCGAGAUUCGCACUCUGGAGUUCUGGAGAUCCAUCAUCAGCGAGUGCUUAGCCUCGUUCCUAUAUGUGUUCAUCGUUUGUGGCGCAGCUGCGGGCGCCGGUGUCGGUGCCAGUGUCUCCUCCGUGCUCCUGGCCACGGCUCUUGCCUCCGGACUGGCAAUGGCAACGUUAACGCAGUGCUUUCUGCAUAUAUCGGGCGCUCACAUCAAUCCUGCCGUUACAUUGGCCUGUUGUGUGAUAAGAAGCAUCUCCCCGAUAAGGGCUGCCAUGUAUAUGACCGCCCAGUGCGGCGGAGGAAUCGCAGGUGCCGCUCUUCUCUACGGUGUCACCGUACCUGGCUAUCAGGGAAAUUUACAGGCGGCCAUCUCUCACAGCUCUGCACUCGCUGCCUGGGAACGAUUUGGUGUGGAAUUCAUACUGACUUUCGUUGUGGUGCUGUGCUAUUUCGUAUCCACCGAUGCCAUUAAAAGGUUCAUGGGCAAUUCGUCGUUCGCCAUCGGAGCAGCCUACAGCGCCUGCUGCUUUGUCUCGAUGCCCUAUCUGAAUCCAGCACGCUCCUUGGGUCCAUCGUUUGUGCUGAACAAAUGGGACAACCAUUGGGUAUAUUGGUUUGGUCCUUUGGUUGGAGGAAUGGCCUCUGGUCUGGUGUACGAGCACAUCUUUAGCUCACGUCGUAGUGUGCGGCAUGGCAAGGGGAGUGUGGACAACGACUCGAGUUCGAUACACUCCGAAGAUGAGUUGAACUAUGACAUGGACAUAGAGAAGCCGAACAAGUAUCAGCAAUCGCAAGGCACAUAUCCACGAGGUGGUCAAUCGAAUGGCGGUGCUGCAACGGCGGCACAACAUGCUGCUGCCAACAUGGCCCAAAUGGGUGUGGUAAAUGGUGCCGGAGCCGGCAACUAUUGCCAGAAUCUGUAUACCGCCCCGCCACUCUCAUCCAAGUACGAGCAACAGCAGGAGCCGCUUUAUGGAGGUACUCGAUCCCUAUAUUGCCGCUCUCCCACCAUGACGCGCAGCAACUUGAAUCGCUCCCAGUCCGUUUAUGCGAAGAGCAAUACGGCUAUUAAUCGUGACAUUGUGCCACGUCCAGGUCCAUUGGUGCCGGCACAGAGUCUGUAUCCCAUGCGCACUCAACAGCAACAGCAGCAACAACAACAGCAGCAACAACAGCAGCAACAGCAGCAACAACAACAGGCAGUCACGGCAGCUCAAUCUUCGCAUCUGCAGAAUCAGAAUGUGCAGAAUCAGAUGCAACAGCGUACCGAGAGCAUUUAUGGCAUGCGUGGUUCCAUGCGAGGACAACAGCAGCCGCUGCAGCAGCAACAGCCGCCUGCUGGCAUGCAACAACAACAACAACAGCAACAGCAACAACAAUUGCAGGCACCGCCACAGCUUAUGUCAGAGAUACAGGUGCAAUCACAGGGCUUCCAGCCAGUCUACGGAUCACGCAACAAUCCCACUCCAUUGGAUGGCAACCACAAAUUCGAGCGUCGCGAUCAGCAGCAACUUUAUGGCAUGACCGGACCACGUAAUCGUGGUCAGUCGGCCCAAUCCGAUGACAGUUCAUAUGGCUCGUAUCAUGGCUCGGCUGUGACGCCGCCAGCACGUCAUCCCAGCGUGGAGCCCUCACCGCCACCGCCACCGAUGCUCAUGUAUGCGCCACCACCGCAACCAAAUUCGGCACAUCCACAACCGAUUCGCACGCAAUCGGAGCGCAAGGUGAGCGCUCCUGUUGUUGUCUCGCAGCCAGCAGCUUGUGCAGUGACCUAUACGACAUCUCAGGUGCCCACAACGGUCACGACAACAACACAACAGCAACAGCAACAACAGCAACAGCAGCAGCAGCAGCAGCAACAGCAACAACAAAUGAUGUUGCAACAACAACAGCAACAGGCACAUCAACAACAUUAUGGCAUGUUGCCAUUGCGACCAAACUGAAAGCGGCUAUCUUGGGGCCCCGUAACGACGCCGCCGCCAACAACAUUACAAGCAACCCUCGCACUUCACCCCACGGGCACCAUGACCCUGCACAGCUGCAGCCUAGCCAAGCAGAGCAGUUUAUUUUAGUGUAAUCCCCGGGCAUCCAAAGGAAUACUACGCAAAGUCUUAGCAUUUAGAUGAACCUAUCGCACACUUAAGACUAGAGUUAGAGAAUUGAAUAUUUUGAGAGAGAGACAUCAGAUAUAUGAAACAUAGCCACAUUGUAUUAUUAAUAAUAUAUGAAUACAGGAACUUACACCUAGCAGCAUGCAACAAUAAGAACAACGAUAAAACAUAAGUCACAUUAGCAUACCUACAAUAUCAUGCAAAACCUAAAAAUUUACCUAAGCAUAUAGUACGUAGAACAAUAUAUAGCAUCCUAUAAAAUCUUCUCAUGCAAUUACACUCAAUAACUUUUAAAAACUUCAUUAAUGUUUUGUUAUAUUUCUCUUGAAGCUUUUUUUAUAUUUUUGUAUGCCAUUUUUAUUGUUUUUUUUUUCGAAUAAUGUUUAAAUACAUUUUCUGCUGAAAACUGUUAACUAGACUGAACCAUUACUUUAUUCUACCAAUUUGUCAUUUAUCUUCCACAUUAUUAUUUCUCAUUCACUUAACUUAAGUUUUAAGUUUUUAAUGAAAACACUUAAAAAAAUUAAUGUGUAUAUACUUUUGAAUAUGUAGCUUAAAUGUUUUAAAUAUAACAAUAUUUAUGUUAAUGUUAGGCAAAUAAGCUUAAAGUCGACAUCUACUUAUAUGGAAUAUAACUAACGUAAUGUAGUAUAUACAGACAUAUGUAAUCAUUUAAAUGCAUUGUAUUAAUUGUAAGUAAAACAAUGUGUACUAUUAUCAUUGCAAAAACAAAUAUAUAUUAAAUACAAAAACUGUUAAAAACCCA